AUGAACGAGUCCAGCUCUGACGAGCUUGCAGCCAUGGUCGCAGACAAGGACAUUGCAGCGCUGCAGAAAAUUGGAGGCACCGACGGCCUACUCGAGCGGCUCAACGUCAACGUGGAUAUGGGCAUUAUACCCGCUAGCUCCAGUAUCGAUUCAGUAUCGGAUGCUGCGGAGCCGCUGAAACUGACCAAAACAAAGUCCAAAAACGCAGAGCUGGCCAAGGAGCUCGCCGAAGAGCAGGAUGACUCGGAGCUCACCUGGCUGGCAGAGUUCGAGACCGACCGCAAGCUGUACGCAGACCGCGUCGAAAAGUACGGUGUCAAUAUUCUACCGCCAACGCAGGCGCGCUCGUUCCUGGGGCUUGUCUGGGACGCGCUGCACGACAAAAUGCUCAUUCUGCUUGUCGUGGCUGCCAUCGUCUCGCUGGCCAUCGGUAUUUACCAGGACGUGCGCGUCACCGGGGACAAGAUUGAGGACAGUCAGGACGUGCACUGGGUCGAGGGUUUUGCGAUUAUCGUAGCCAUCGCGGUCGUCACCCUGGUCGCCUCCAUUAACGAUUACCAGAAGGAGAAGCAGUUCCGCCGUCUUAACGCGAAAAAGAACGACCGCAAGGUGCGUCUGACUCGCGGCGGUCAAGAGUGCUUGGUAUCCACAAACUGCAUUUUGGUCGGUGACAUUCUGCACAUUGAGCCCGGAGACAUAAUGUGCGCCGAUGGCAUUGUCGUUUCCUCGUCCAACCUCAGAUGCGACGAGAGCUCGGUUACCGGUGAGAGCGAUGCUAUGAAGAAGAGCCGACUUGAGGAUGCCGAGAAGGCCACGGCGGAUCGCAAGAGCUGGAGGCAGCGCCGGCGCGCCGAGCUGCGCAGCAAGCGCAACGAGCAGCGCGCGAACGCCUACCGCCAGAAGGGAAGGACUGGUGAUAUUGACGACCCUUUCCUUAUCUCUGGCAGCCGCGUGCUUGAGGGCGUUGGCCGCUGCGUCGUGGUCGCCGUGGGCGAAAAGUCAUUCUACGGCCGCACGCUCAUGUCACUGCGCUCCAAGAGCGAGCCCACUCCCCUGCAGCUCAAGCUUAACGGACUGGCCGAGCUCAUUGCCAAACUGGGCGGCGCCGCCGGUCUUCUGAUGUUUGUCGUCCUCAUUAUCAAGUACAUUGUGCAAGUCACAAAGCCCACAGCUAACCGCGAUGCCACUGCCAUUGUGGACAGCGUAGUGCGCAUUGUCAUUUCAGCGGUGACCGUGGUUGUUGUGGCUGUGCCCGAGGGACUGCCGCUUGCUGUGACACUGGCUCUGGCUGUGGCUACCACCAGGAUGCUCAAAGACGGCUGCCUUGUGCGAGUCUUAGCCGCAUGCGAGACAAUGGGCAACGCAACCACCAUUUGCUCUGACAAGACAGGCACGCUGACUUGCAACCGCAUGACUGUCGUUGCCGGAUGCAUCGGCGACCAGUACCAGUUCAGCUCAUACCCGCCAGGGACCGACAACGACGAAGUGGUUGUGGCCACAGCAGAGCUUGGUGAGGAGGCUCCCCUAGCUGUGCUCAACCUCUGCCAUGACGCCAUUGCUGUCAACUCGACCGCAUUUAUUCCAGCGGCUGAUUUGCAGUUUACUGGGUCCAAGACGGAGACUGCGAUGCUCACUUGGUCUGAGACACUCGGUGCACCUCUGUACUCCCAGCUGCGCGACAAGGACAUUGACAAGCACGUUCAGAUAUGGCCGUUCAGCUCCGAGCGCAAGGCAAUGAGCACACUGGUUCGCAUCCGGCGCCGAGAGGACAACAAGCUUGUGUGGCGCCUGUACGUGAAGGGUGCGCCCGAGGUUGUCAUUCAGGACUGUCGCUGGAUUGUCGAUGUUGAUGGCGCCUUUCAGAAGCAGGACAACGCCGAGGGCAUUGAUGCCAAUCUGAACGAGUUCUCCGCUAACAGCCCGACCGGUCGCACGGUGUCGGACUAUGCCUCGCGCGCCCUGCGCACUAUUGGUAUGGCAUACCGCGAUUUCGAGACCUUUGACGAGGCCAACCUGGCGCAACUCGAGUCGGACGUCGAGUGGCGCGAGUCAGCCGGCCUGGUCUGCCUGGGCAUUUUUGCCAUUGAGGACCCGCUGCGCGAGGGUGUCACUGACGCUGUGCGCCGCUGCCAGAACGCAGGAAUCAUUGUUCGCAUGGUCACUGGCGACAACGUUCUUACUGCGCGGGCCAUCGCCACACAGUGCGGCAUCUUCACGCCGGGCAUGGGCGGCAUUGUUCUGGAGGGCCCAAAGUUCCGCAAGCUGACGCCGGAGCAGAUGGAGUUCAUUAUCCCGCGACUGCAAGUGCUUGCGCGCUCGUCGCCAGAGGACAAGCGCAUGCUGGUCGAAUGGCUGCGCACGCACGGGGAAGUGGUGUCGGUGACUGGCGACGGAACCAACGACGGGCCGGCGCUCAAGGCGGCCAAUGUGGGCUUCAGCAUGGGUAUUGCGGGCACUGAGGUGGCCAAGGAGGCCUCGUCGAUCGUCGUGAUGGAUGACGACUUUAAAUCCAUCGUGCGCGCCUGCAUGUGGGGCCGCGCCGUCAAUGAUGCUGUCAAGAAGUUCUUGCAGUUUCAGAUCACUGUCAACGUCACCGCUGUGCUGAUUGCUUUUGUGUCUUCAGUUGCUGACGAUGAAGAAAAGUCGGUGUUCACCGCCGUGCAACUCCUGUGGAUCAACCUCAUCAUGGAUACGUUUGCGGCGCUGGCUCUAGCCACCGAUCCGCCAAGCGAAAGCCUACUUGAUCGUCACCCUGAGAAGCAAGGCUCGCCGCUGAUCACGUUUACCAUGUGGAAGAACAUCAUUGGUCAAUCUAUCCUCCAAGUGGUUGUGUGCUUCCUCACGCUGUACGCCGCCGAUGACAUCUUUAAUCUGCACACAGUUCAAAGCGCCCAGGACAUGCUGGUACUGCGCACUCUGGUGUUCAAUACUUUUGCAUGGAUGCAGAUAUUCAACGAGUUCAACUGCCGCGUGCUUCAUAACGAGGUCAACUGUUUCAAGGGAAUGCAGAAGAACUGGUUCUUCUUGGGCAUUGUAUUUAUCUCGGUCAUUGGUCAGGUGAUUAUUAUCCAGUGGGGAGGCGUGGCGUUCCAGACGACUGCCCUAGGCGGCAAGUACUGGGCCUUUUCGAUUAUUGCCGGAUUCCUCUCGCUGCCGGUCGGUCUUGUCCUCAGGCUCAUUCCCGACGAGCUCAUCUGGUGGAUGAUUCCGUUU